GUUGUUGUUUUUUUGAUACCUUGGCUUCCCACUCGAAAAAAAAAAAAAACCAUCAAAGUGUGAUCUUUGUUGUGUUGUGUAAAAUCCAAAGUUUUCCCAAUUUCCUACAUGAUAUUUAUGUGCUGCUUUUCCAAGAUUAGCUAGUUUAAGGAAUGAAGGAGGCUCUCCUGUCGGCUGAAUGGAUAAUCGAAAGUACUUCAAUCAGGAAGGCAAGGAGGCGAAAAACUUUUACCACCUGUCGGAUGGUGGUGAAUCUCAGAGAAGUCCUCCGAAGAGGCCCCCGAUUGGUGUAAGACCACGCUGUUUACAGUCGCAUGUGUCGCAACGCCAAAAAUCGUUAACCAAAUCAGGACCCCGUGUGCGAAGUGCCUCCACAGGACGGGACAAAAAAUCUGAACUACAGGCACGGUACUGGGCAUUUCUGUUCGGGAACUUGGAACGAUCGGUAAACGAAAUUUAUUUAACGGUCGAAUGCUACGAGAAUGUAUCAUCAUGUAAGGAAGCCAUUUUGGUGCUGGAAAAUUACAUUCGAGAUUUUAAAGCGCUUGCUGAGUGGUUUAAGGUGUCGUGGGAUUAUGAGGCCACUCCGUUACCACAGCGACCACACUCGCUGGCUUGGGAAGUGCGCAAAAGUAAUCCCGUCCCAAGAGUCCGCAAGCAACUUUCGAGUCCAGGAAUGUCAGGCAAAUCUAGUCCAAGCUUUUCUGGCAAAAAUAGUCCCUGCCCUGUGGCGGAAGAAUCUGGACGCAUAGGCUCUCCCAGGAAACCCCAUUCAUCUACAGAGAGUCUCAGUAAGAAGGGAAACAUAACAAAGUUAUCCCGCCACGAAACGAAGGAAACUUCUGCACCGUCCGAAGAAACGGUCACCACAGUGUACGAUAACGGAGGCCUCGAAACGUAUGUGCUCAAACUCGACCAGUACACGCAAACAAACUUGGAAGAUGAAAACCUUACGUUGGCGGAGUAUUUGGAAAAGUAUGACAAACACCAUUGCAAUGGAACGGUUACGGAUGAAGCCGAAGAGGCGAAAAAUCAACCGUCAGAGAAUAAACUCACCGGCGAUGUCGUUGUGGAUGAGAAGAAGCAAUGCCUUUCCGGCGAUCCAAAGAACGAGCCGGUUUCAUCCAGAGGCUCGGCCAAGAACGUUUCCGUGGUAAACAUGACGGCAGCGCUAAAGCCCGCUGCACCGCGUGUCGGAUCGCAGACGAAAGUAUCCACGGUACCGAAAAUCGUUGCAGCUCGCGGAAACGUCGUUCGUCCACCAGUCCAAACGGGAUCGGUUCGUAAAUCAGCCACGGCGACCGGUUUGUCCCAAACGAACGUGAAAGUUGCUGCGAAUAUGCCUGUCAAAAGUGCAACAGUGUCCAGCAUAUCGUCGCAUACUUCCGUAGCAAAGCAUAGAAACGGAAUCAAACCAACAUUUGCUUUGAAGCCUGGUUCGGCACCGAGAACACCGCUGGGAAACAAUCCGACAGCAGGCAAUUCAUCAAGACUGGCGGUUCGUUCAAAAACGAUGAUAGAAGUUACUUGCAACGGUCGAACGAAUCGGGCUUUUCCAUUUGCAAACAAGGCACGCGACGAAUUAAAAGGACGGUCAACGACGAAACUUUCGUUCGAAGCAAACCGAUCAAAGGAAGACAUUUAUAGUUCUAGCUCAACGUUAAAAGCUUCCACUGAUCGGUUAGGUUCUCGAAACUCUAUUGCCAGCGGUAGUACAGGGAAACCGGCACUACCAAGCCAAGCGAAAGGUGCUGAUCGUCGUUCGGAACCGAAAACGCUGCCGUCGAGCGAAACGACUAAUAACGAUGGUUGGUAUACGGUUAAGACAAAACGUCGGUCUAGUUUGCUUUGGGCGACUCGAUUCAAUCAGCCGACCGGUUAUGCAAGCUUACCCACGCUGGCAUUGCUGGAUGAAAACACCAAUAAUGACAUCACAGAGGUGGAAAACCCCGAAUCACAGACGCCGAAACAAAACGCAAAAAUAAACGAACUCGGUAAUGAAAUCAAUCAUACGCAACGGCCACCAAAGCGUGCGAUGGAAAAGUCGUCCAAACCUACCCUAGCGACUAGGGGUGGCACUGUAUCGAAGUGCAAUGGACUGACGGCACUUUCGACUUUGACGUCUUCGAAAACAGUGAAAUCAGCACCACCUCCAUCCACGACUCAGCUGAGUAAAUCAAUUCCUCCUCAAACUGCAAGCGCGGGAACCAAAACACAGCAGCUAACGGUGCCCACCAGUCGUGCGUUCGUUUCGAGACAGAAGUCCGAUUUAACAGGGCUAAAGUUGAAAACAUUACACAAAGAGUUUUUACGUAGUGAAAAAUUAAAGUCUAAAAACACGGAUCUGCAAGAACCAACCCCGAAUGGUAGUGUCCAGUUGAUGAAUGAUAACGUACGUUGCAGUGCGCAACCGUCAGGUUCAGGUGCGCCGGAAGGCGAUAAUCUCGGUCAGCUAAACAUGGUCGAUAUGAAUAUUCAGACGAACAUAAGUACUUCAGCGAUUGAUAGUUUAUACGCGAGUUGUUUCGGCGAAACUGCAGAGUUAAUCUACAGCGGGAAAAAAGCCAUCUCGCAUUAUGUUGAUAUUACCAGUCAGUGUACCAGUGACGACCAAGAAGAGCAGGAGCGAGAUGAUAUGGAAAGCGAUGAAGAUCAGCGGAAGCUGUUGGAGGAACAGGAAAGCUUGGAAGCUCAAAUACGGGAACUGGAAAAUACAGAAAUUGAUUUCGACACUGAGACCGAUGAGACGGACUGUGAAGCGAUUAUAGAUUUCGAAGACACGGAUGCCACCGUUGAAAGUGGCACAGAGCGACCGAAUGAUUGUACGGGUUUUGAAGGCGAAACUGAUGAAGAAAUCACACUGGAGGCGCGUUACGAGCACGUACUAGCUGGCAUGAAUUGGAAUGACAGAACCCGAACACUCGAUACACUGAAGGCUAUCGUGGCACGGCAUCCCGGUCGUGCACAGCAGCUGCACGCCAAACUGUCAAGCCCCUCGCGCAGACGAUCCUUGCACGAAACUUUAAAAAAAUAUCAAGCCAAGCAAGCACGAGCCUUAGAAAAGCGACAAGCUUUGCAGAAGGAAAAGGCGCUUAAGAUUCAGCAUCUACUAGCGCGAGUAGAAGAUGUGAAAGCAGCCAAACAGUGUUUGAUAGAAAAGAAACGGCUUCGUAUGGAGGAAAGACUGCAACGGGCGGCCGAGAAUCGGACACAGUAUCUAAAAGAUAAAAUUAAAAAAGCGCAUGACGAGGAGGAAAAGCUGAGAGAGAUUGCGUUUAUCAAAAACCUGGAGGCACAAAACAAGCGGCUCGAUUUCCUGGAAUCCUGCAAGGAGCAAGAAGUUCGAUUGCAGGAUCUCGAAACGGAACGACAGAAGCGGGCGGAAGAGAAAGCAGCGAAAGAGGCGGCAGUCGAGCGACGCAGGCAAGAGAUCGAACAGGAGCGCCAAAAGAAACUGCAGCAGAUGAGUGAAAAUCGUCGUGAGCGUGAGAAACGGGUCGGGAAAAUGCAGGAACAGAAGGAACGACAGCGUCAAGCAUUGGCGCGUGAGAAAGCACGUGACCGGGAGGAGCGUUUGUUGGCACUGCAACAACAGAAACAGGCAACGGCGGAAGAGUUGCAACGAAAGAUUAUCCAGAAGCAACAAGAAUCAGCCCGUCGACAUGAAGAAAACAUUGAGCAGAUUCGCCAACGUGCAGUCGAGUUGGCGACCAUCCCCAGUCGCAGCGCGGACGAACUGAGAAACGAUGAGCAGGACGAAGAAAAUUCCAGCAUAAGCGAAAGGGAAAGUUCGCACGGCAGUGGGUCGAAUUUAGUGCCUAAAAUUAACAAGAAGCGAGUGAAAAAGUUGCGUCAAAAGCUGGCGACGAUGGCUGAAGAAUAUCUCAACGAACUUACUCCCUUGGCACCGUCGAUACGCAAACAGAGCCAGGUGCCUCGUUUGCUAGGGACUAUCGCUAAGGGCGGAAGCGGUGUGCUGGGUGUCGAACGACCAAUCGGUCAAUUGUUGCGGUUGAUAGCUAAAGCAGAGAUUGCCGAUUUUCAGUCACUGUGGCUCUUGGAUGGUCUGAACACAAUUGCAACCGUAAUAGAAAAUGGGCUAACUCCUGGCACGGAUGUGUCAAAAAAGGCUGUUGUUCUUUCCGUGCAAUUGUAUCGAAAUGCGUGCACACUGUGUCCUCAAAUCUCUCGUCAUGCUGUAUUAGGAGGUUCCGUAUUGGUGCUAUUAAAUGCGUUGCUAAUUUCACUGAAGGCGCCAGAAGAAAAAAAUUGCCUGUUUCCGGUGGAAUUGUCCACAGAGCUUAUACUGGCUUGCACCGUUGCUCUCUUACCAACAAGUCCUUCGACCAAGCAGGCGACACACCCGAAGGUUGCGGAACGGCUGCCAGAUCUUCUGAGCUAUAUCGUAAGCAUUGGAUUAGUGGAGAGUUUGGUGCAACGAAUCGAUAAGGUGCAUGAGUCAAUUGAAAAUCAAACUAGUCUUGUGCUUUCGCUACUGGCCUCUUUGGGUCUGCUGACUAAGUUGGUUGAAAUAUGUCCAAAAGGACCUGACACUACCAAAUUUAUGCUGACGGCCCGGGCAACAGAAAUGUUUGGAACCAUCUCUCUACUCUACGCUGCGGUUGUUCCCAUUGGUGAAAGCAUUCCUCCCAGAACGACUUCCUUGGCGGCAGCUACUUUUAAUCUUCUGGUGACCUUUGCCAACCUGAACGUGGAAGCGUUUCAGGCAGUAUUAAUAGAGCAAAAUCUCUCACUAAAGUUCCUCGAUGUCAUCAGUAUACUAUUGCAGUACUGUGUCCCAAAAGCGGAUGUAAAAAGUGAAACGCAGACUGUGAUAAUCGACUUAAUAGCAACACUAGGUUUCUUCUGUGCCAACAAUAAAAUCAAUCAGCAUUUAUUAACAUCCGAUCAGUACAUGAGCGUCAUUAAAAAUUUCGCCAAGCUGCCCAAGCAAUUCGACGUGAUAACAUAUCCGACAUUGGUCACUAUAAUUCAUGACAACCCCAGUGCCAGAGUCGUGGUCGGCAGAGAUUUCAACGUUGAGCUGCUGGAGGAGUUUAGACGAUCCGAUAUGGCAAAGAAGAAUCGCAUUAUAUCCCUUCUGGUUUAGUGCGUUACAAAGUGGAUCUGCAAGAGUGUGCAAGAGCAUCGAAAGUGAAGUGGAAGGAAUAUUGGUACCAAAAUUUCAGGUAAUACUUUGAGCGAACGUCCGAACAGAUAUAACAGUGUAACGGGGUCGCAAACUACUUUUGUCAUCGUGUUGAAAUAAAAGCCGUUUAAUGGUUCGCGCGAGUGAUAUGGUACAUUCAUCAGCAGUGCUGAAUAGCUUGAACCAUCGUCACCAAACCAGUGGAGCCAAAAGCAUCGACGGGCUACAUCGGUUCAACCGUAUCCAUCAGCAUCACCAAUCAGUAUCGAAGUUAUGUAGUACACGGGUUUACGAUUUGGAACAGGUACGAAAUGACCGGAACAAAGACACCUUUACCAACGCCUUCAAUAUAAUAUAAUAUAAGCGUCGCUCAGCUGACAAAUCACAAUAAGUGUCCGGGUGUUUCAGUGGACAUCCUCAUCUGUUGCAGUAAAAUGGUGGGAUAAACAAACAGGUCAGAGCAACGACGCUCGUGCCUCGAUUUUCACGCACAACAAGUAUCAUCAUUAUCAUUACCCCCAGCACCGUUUAGCCGACAUUACUACUCUGUGAUUAAUCUUUAGGUUGUAAUUGAACACAAACUAAACAGAACGUACACUCCACUAACUAAACCAAGUAGAAUAGUUAGAAAUAGCCUUUAGCAGAAUGUCAUCCAGAAGACUUCAUGUCCGGGAUGGUUGGAGAGUCUCAGUUAACAUAUAUUU